CAUUCUUGUCCUCACCAAGGAGGUGGCCCAGAGGGUCCCUGUGCUCCGAGAACACCCAGAGGGGGGCAUGCACAUGCUGGACUGGCUGCAGUGGGAGUGGGCAGCCAAGGCCCACCAUGCUGUGGCCCAGCUCCAGGCCUGGCAAGGUGGUCACACUAAGGCCUGUAGACUCCUGGACAGCUGCUUGAAGCUCAAUGACGGACAGGACCUUGCCCAGCCUCAGCUGCACUGCGGGGAGGGGCCCUCAGGAGCGGCUGCAGCGGGCAGUGUGGAUUCUCAGGGUGCUGCCCCAAGAGACACCCCAGAGAGCUCAGCGGGGACCUGCAUUGUUGGUCCAGAUGUUCCUGGGACAACCGCAGUGGACCUGGACAUGCACAGGCCCUGCAGCAUCCCUACCGAGCCCCCCAGCUGCCCAGCCUGGUUGCUCGCCGAGCUGGACCAGCCUCUCACGGAGGAUGGCAGUGCCGACAGUGGGGACAGAAUCACCCAGAUGACCCGGCAGAUGGCUGACGAUGUGUUCCUGAUGGCUCAGAGUUUGAGCAGCAGAGGACGCGGCUUGACCAAAGAGGAGCUCAUCGCCUCUGCGAGGAAGGUUGCGAUGUCGGGACAAAGCUUCGCCCGCCUUCUCCAUGUCGUCGCUGAGAGCUGCACAGAUGCCAGGUGUUUGCAGGAGCUUCUGUGCGCCCUGGAGCAGGUGCAGACCAUGAGCAACCAGCUCCACAUCAUCUCCAGUGUGAAGGCCUCCAUGGCAAGAAGCAAAUCCUCUGAGGAGCUCCUGGUGGGGAAUGCACAGCAGGUCCUUCACGCCGUUGGCAAGACCAUGAGGGCCGCAGAGGCUGCGAGUCUCAGGGGGUUGAGACAUCGGUACCCAGAUCCGGAGGAACUGGAUGUCGCCGCCUUGUGCAUGCGGUGGAGGCGGAAACUGCUCCAGCGCAGGCUUCGGGAAACCCCAAACCUGGACGGCGGCGAGCUGGGCCUGCGGAAGACGAGCGCUGACGACGCCCCCUCAGCUCAAGCACCUGGGGCCCCGGUUCCAGAAGUGGUAUUAAAGCCAACAGGCUUUCUCUGAGUCGAACUCUGUGGAUGAGGACGCUGGCUGCCCGUGGAAACCAGCCUGUGGGGACACAGGUGACACGGUGGGUUGGAGGGGUGUUCACUGUCAUCAGUAUCUGGCCUAUGUUGCCAUCCUGUGUGCUAGGCCUCGCCCUGUCACUGUCAUCCUUCCUGCGCGGUGAGAAGCCCUCGCGCGAUGGCAUUGCUGGAGUUUCAGCGCCACCCUCCUGGAAGCUGGUAGCAGCAAGGAGACUGCCAACACCAGCUCCUGGAACACCCGAUGACACAUCUGCUCAGUGAAGCCUGGGCUCUGUGUAAACAAUACACCCCUUGGGACAUCUGGGGAGCCUCUCUGAGCCAGUGUUCAAAUGAAAUAGGAGCCAGCCAGCGCCUCACAGUAAACACUGACCUGUGUUGCCCGGCCUGCCGCGCUCACCUCUGGGGACCUGCCGGAAGGCAGGCUGACCUUCAGCGUGUCCAUGGGCCGCAGGGCUCAGCAUGCACAACUCAUACGUGGAAAGCAGUGGUUUCUAUGCCUUUACAGCAUUGGGGCGGGGGCCCUGCAGCGUUGUGUGGGUCCUGGGGUAACCCCCGACCACACCUGCUGACCUCUGGUGCUCUGUCUACACCUGGGUCCACCGUGACCCUCUCAUUUUGGCUAGGAAUUGCUCCCAGGAGCAUCAAGCAGCCGCCCUCAUAGACUUGGCUUUUCCUCAGCUGAAGACCAUCAGGGACCCCUUCCCUGGCUUUCACUGUGUGGUCAUGUCAUGCUGUCAGAGAGCACCAUGCAGCACAGGAACUGGGUGCCCAGGAGAGUCAGGAGGGAGCAAAUAUGCUCUAGGCGUGGCUGCCCCACAGAGCCAGGGGGCUUUCCAGAAUCUCAGACAGGAACCAGCUGCCACGACCCACUGCCCUAAAGAA